CUUCUAUGGCAGCAUCGAAAAGUUCAUGAUUAAUCGCUAAUAAUCUCUAAUUGUAGGUUGAGUAGUUGUUGGGGAACUAUAAAAGCGACCGCUUACUCAUUUCUAGCCAACAGUUUGCACAGGUCACUUGCAGGUUUCAGUUGCUGUUGCAGUUGCUUUUAAAAUCAUUAUGUACUAUAUAAAGUUAUUGCUAAUCAGCCAGCUUGUGGCGCUUAGCUGUACUCAUGUCUGGACCCAUUCGCACGAUUACAUUGACGACGAGUCACUGGAGGAUGUGCAUCAGCCACCCGCAACAACAACAACGCUGCCUCGGAUUGAGCCGGAGAAUGCAGCAACCGCACAGCCCGACCUUGGACUUGAACAACUGGAUGAUGCAGUGGCGGUGCUGAACAAGGGAACUUCUUUGCCGGAAACUACAGUUCAACCGACAACGCUGCCAACGCCACCAACGCCACCAACAACAACAACAACAACAACAAAAAAGCCGACUGAAGAGCCACUCAAACCUAAAGCGCAUCAACCACUUCCUCAUCCACAUCCUCAUCCGUAUCCUCAUCCCUAUCCAUAUUCACAAACGGGCCCGCAUCACGGCCCAUAUCCGUAUCCUUAUCCUCAAGCUGGCCCCGUCACAAAAGGCAUACCAGAGAGUGCAAACGAAGCUGGCUAUCCCGGCUAUCACGGCCAUCCUUAUGCAUCGUAUCCGAUCCCGCGACGAGUCUACUCUUCCUACGGCCCACCCCCGGCUUUCGCACCCCAUGCGUAUCCACCCCGAUUCCCGGGCUAUGCACCUGGCCCUGUCGACAGCUCGGAGAAGCCCAAGCCGGAUAUAGAUGAUGAUGCGACGACUGACGAGAGCAUGAUGAAACCCACUGAGGAGAGCCCCAAACUGCCUGAACAACCACACUUUGGCUAUCCACCCGUCUAUGUGAUCCAGCGUCGUCCUCAGCUGCCAAGUUAUCCAUAUGCCAGUCCUUCCCGUGGCUAUGGCUCUCCCUAUGGCUAUGGCCGCUAGUGAGUACAGUAGUCGCUAGCAAAUACUUAUAGAAAUUACUCACAAAUAAAUGAAUGUAAAUCAUUAAAAGUUAUUGACAGCUGUGAAUUGUAAGCAUUUUUAGCCAGCCUAUGUACAACUUAUGACUACAAGCUUGAUUAAAAUCAAUCGUGUAUAUAAAAAUAAAGAUGCAUAUUAAAAUGAAA